AUGGUGUGGGAAAGGCAGCGGGGACGGGGGCCUGGGGCCGGGAGCCAAGGGGCCUGGAGAGAUGAGGGCAGGAGCAGGGAGGGGACAGGCAGGAUGGUGAGGAGAAGCCGGAGACAGAAGCUGCAAAAAUUGACCAGGCUGUGCAGACAGGAGGAGGGGCUCAGGGUGAAGCGCAGCUGCCCUUGCCUGGAGGCUGGGAGUGAACGGAAGGAAAGAGGGAACCCUAUUUCUGUUCAGCUGUUCCCCCCAGAGCUGGUGGAGCACAUCGUGUCCUUCCUCCCAGUCAAAGACGUUGUGGCCCUGGGCCAGACUUGCCACUACUUCCACGAAGUGUGUGACGCCGAGGGCGUGUGGAGGCGCAUCUGCCGGAGCCUCAGCCCACGCCUCCGCGACCAGGGCUCUGGUGCCCGGCCUUGGAAGAGAGCUGCCAUCCUUAACUAUACAAAGGGCCUGUAUUUCCAGGCCUUCGGAGGGCGCCGCAGAUGUCUCAGCAAGAGCGUGGCCCCCAUGCUAGCCCACGGCUACCGCCGCUUCUUACCCACGAAGGACCACGUGUUCAUCCUCGACUACGUGGGGACUCUCUUCUUCCUCAAAAACGCGCUAGUGUCGUCCACCCUCGGCCAGAUCCAGUGGAAGCGGGCCUGCCGCUAUGUGGUGCUGUGUCGAGGCGCUAAGGACUUUGCCUCCGACCCGCGAUGUGACACGGUGUACCGCAAAUACCUCUACGUCCUGGCCACCCGGGAGCAGCCGGCGGUGGUGGGCGCCACUGGCAGCCGGGCCUGCGACUGUGUGGAGGUCUAUCUGCAGUCCAGUGGGCAGCGGGUCUUCAAGAUGACUUUCCACCACUCCAUGAGCUUCAAGCAGAUCGUGCUGGUCGGCCAGGAGACGCAGCGGGCCCUCCUGCUCCUCACAGAGGAAGGGAAGAUCUACUCCCUGGUGGUGAACGAGACCCAGCUGGACCAGCCCCGCUCUUACACGGUGCAGCUGGCGCUCAGGAAGGUGUCCCGCUGCCUGCCGCACCUGCGUGUGGCCUGCAUGGCCUCCAAUCAGAGCAGCACCCUGUACAUCACGGACCAGGGGGGAGUGUAUUUUGAGGUGCACACCCCAGGGGUGUAUCGCGAUCUCUUCGGGACCCUCCAAGCCUUCGACCCUCUGGACCAUCAGAUGCCGCUUGCUCUGUCCCUGCCCGCCAAGGUCCUAUUCUGUGCUCUUGGCUACAAUCAUCUUGGCCUGGUGGAUGAGUUUGGCCGGAUCUUCAUGCAGGGAAAUAACAGAUACGGGCAGCUGGGCACUGGAGACAAGAUGGACCGAGGGGAGCCCACACAGGUUCAUUAUUUGCAACGCCCCAUUGCCCUGUGGUGUGGCCUCAACCAUUCCUUGGUGCUGAGUCAGACCUCGGAUUUCAGCAAGGAGCUGCUGGGGUGCGGCUGUGGGGCCGGAGGCCGCCUUCCUGGCUGGCCGAAGGGGAGUGCCUCCUUUGUCAAGCUGCAGAUCAAGGUCCCCCUGUGUGCCUGCUCCCUCUGCUCCACCAGAGAGUGUCUCUACAUGCUGUCCAGCCACGACAUCGAGCAGUGCCCGGCCUACCGAGACCUGCCGGCCAGCAGGGUCUCGGGAAGCCCGGAACCUAGCCAGGCGGCUGGAGCCCCCCAAGACCCAGGGGGGACAGCCCAGGCCUGUGAGGAGUACCUCAGCCAGAUCCACAGCUGCCCUACGCUGCAGGACCGGAUGGCAAAGAUGAAGGAGAUUGUGGGCUGGAUGCCCUUGAUGGCUGCCCAGAAGGAUUUCUUCUGGGCAGCACUGGACAUGCUGCAGAGGGCCGCGGGUGCGGGUGGUCCAGGCACCUCGGCCUCUGAGAGCUGACCCCUCCCCCUCGCCUCUACUCCUGAGGAGGUCGGGCCCUGGGCUAGGGCUGAGGAGAGCCGGAGUGACAAAGAACACUGUGUGUACGUGGGUGGGGGUGGGGUGGGAGGCACGGAGCAGUGCUGGACAUGGCGAGGUAGCGUAGGGAACUCUAUAAUGUGCAGGGGCUGCCCAGGAGGGGCCCCCGACCCGACUAUCAUGGGCAGGAAAUUUGAUGGACAGUAGAAUAAAAGGCUAAAGCAAGGCCUGUUUCGAAGCCCUGGGGCCUUAUGGGGGACUAGGGGCAAGGAAUGGAGGGGAGCCUGGCUGGUGAGGGAGGAAAGUCAAGUGCCACACCCCAGCUCACCUUCUGCUUCUCACUCCAGAAGCCUCACCUCCGCCUGUCUGCAGUGAGGUCGGGCCUGGUCUUGGGUGACAGCCUCACUGUGUGGUCUGGCCUGACCUCCUUAAUCGCACUGACUCCAUAUCCAGAGAGCUAGGAUUACAGUGUGCCGCCCCACUCCUGCACCAGACCAGGGGUCUAACCUCCAUUGGGGGUACCUCGCCCCUAGCCCUCCGCCCUGUGAGGUCUGGCCCUGUUCUCUCCCUCCUGUCCCCCAAGCCCGGUCUCCUGCCCAAGGACAGGGCUACUCCAGGUCCCCAUUAACUCUCCUCCUAUACCUUACAAUAGUUGGAAGAGAAAUUGAGGGGUCAGAACGCCCCGUCCUUGGCCUGCUCUGGUCCAUUGUUAAAGGGAAAGCCGUGAUUAUGUGCAGAAGAUCCUGGGUGAGGCUUGCAGGCCUGUACUCCCAGCACUUGGGAAGCUGAGGCAGGAGGAUGGAAAGCUCCGGCUAGCCAGGGCUUCCCAGCAAGACUUCCAGACGUGCUGAUGGUGGACGGCCAAAUGGCCCAAGGACAGCCCCCUGGAUGCUGAGAAUGACAGGUGAAGAGGUCCAGGCCUCCUGAGGGUCCACAGGAAAGACCCCGUUCUCAAGCCCAGGAC